AUGGUGACGACCAGGAGUGGCUGCAAAACCUCAGGCUUUUCUCUGAAAGCUGUAAGACCCACCUUUAAAAGAGCCACUUUAAAGAAAGCACAAACAAAAAUCACUCACUUCUACAUGAACAGAGCAAAAUGUGGAACAAAUGAGGAAACGACUGAAAUGAAUGAGAACAAGAACAAGAAGGGAAGGGAAAUUCUACUCUCUCCUACCAAUCUCUCUUACAGCUAUAGUGAAGGACCGGUUAUGCAAAGAAAGGAGUGUACUAAAAGCAGUGAUAAAAGCCUGAAUAUAUUGGAAGCAACACAAAAUAUCCUCGAUACAGCCGAUGAAGCAUCCCCGAAACUGAAAGCCAAAUCCCAAGUUCCUCUCGAACCAUCGUUAGAUCAAAAAAUGGAGGAACUAAUGUUAAAACAAAUUUCGGAAUUGGCCUCGGGAAAUAUUAAACCUUCGAAAGACUCUUAUUCUCAUUCCCACGAGACAAAUGAAGAGGGUCUCUCAAUCAUCAAAUGGCUAGUGCUCCUUACUGAGGACAUUGAAUCCAUAAAGUCCUACUUGGACAUUUGCACAAAAACUCUUACCAUCAUGGCUAACUCCUGUAAAACUCUCUGGAGAAAACCCGGAAUGCCUGCAGAAUUGGAAAGUAAUCAUGGCCUUGCCUCCACCCUUUGUAGGAGUGGCUUAUCAAGGAAGGGUAAGAAAGCCUGCAGAGCUAAAGCUUGCAAAAGGAGAUUCAUAGUUGUAAAAAAUGUUAAAAAAAGUAAAAACAUAAAAAAUCUUAAGACAGUGUAUUAUAAAAAAAUGGUUUUUAAAAAGCUUUUUAACUUACUCGAGAGCACAACAGCCUCUGGCACUAGAGGGAACCCGGUGAAGUCUUUAGCCAAGAAGUCAGUUAAACAGGAUUUGCCCCCAAACGUCUGUGCUGAUAAAGCUCCGGAUUGCCUAAAACCUUCAGCGCUUGCUCCACCACCAAGCUCUAAGCAAGAUUUAUUGCCCCAAGAUCCAUGGUCCUACGUGUUAACCAUAGAUAACUCCAAAUCCAAUAAGGAGAGCAUUCCAACAAAUAAGAACUGGAAGCUGGUGUUGCUUCAAAACAAACUUGUUUUUUUCAAGCUAUCCUAA